CUGGCAAAGGGCGGGAGUCUAGGGGGCGGGGGCAAGACUGAGGGCUGCCCCUGUUGGGCGACUGUCGCCGACCUGUCGCCGCGGAGCGCUCCUGGAGUCCCGGGAAGAUGAAAGUGCUCAUGCAAAGGUCCAGGAGGCACAGCAAUGAUUAGAGACCCUGCUGCAAGCAACUAGCCUCUGGCAGCGUAGCAAACUCAGGACUUGCUGAUGCCCAUGGAGACAGGAAGCUCUGGGUUGAGCAUGAAGCCCCAGUCACUGCAGCUGGUGCUGGAGGAGCAGGUGUUGGCACUGCAGCAACAGAUGGCAAAGAAUCAGGCUGCCUCUUGGCAGAAACUGAAGAACUCCCAGGAGGCCCAGCAGAGGCAAGCAACCCUUGUAAGGAAGCUUCAGGCCAAGGUCUUGCAGUACCGGAGCUGGUGCCAAGAGCUGGAGAAGCGGCUAGAAGCCACUGGAGGACUGAUCCCUCAGCAGUGGGAAAGUGUGGAAGAACCAAACCUGGAACAGCUGCUAAUCCGGUUGGAGGAAGAACAGCAGAGGUGUGAGAGUCUCGUAGAGGUGAACACUGAGCUUCGGCUGCACGUGGAAAAAGCUGAUGUUGUGAAUAAAGCCCUUCAGGAAGAUGUGGAAAAGUUGACAGUGGACUGGAGUCGGGCCCGGGAUGAGUUAAUGAGGAAGGAGAGCCAGUGGCGGAUGGAGCAGGAGUUCUUCAAGGGCUAUCUGAAAGGUGAGCACAGUCGUCUUCUUGGUCUAUGGCGAGAAGUUGUGACCUUCCGACGCCACUUCCUGAAAAUGAAGUCAGCUACUGACAGAGAUCUGACAGAGUUGAAAGCUGACCAUGCAAGGCUUUCAGGGUCCCUGCUGACGUGUUGUCUGCGCUUGACUGUGAGAGCGCAGUCUUGGGAAUCCAGUGGAUCUGGGAGAAUGGAUGAGAGAGAGCCAGCCCAGCUGCUGCUACUAGUAGCUAAAACCCAGGCACUGGAGAAGGAAGCCCACAAGAAGAGCCAGGAGUUAAUACAGCUGAAAAGUCAAGGGGAUCUGGAGAAAGCUGAGCUCCAGGACCGGGUGACCGAGCUCUCUGCUCUGCUGACCCAGUCCCAGAAGCAAAAUGAAGAUUAUGAAAAGACGGUAAAGGCUCUAAGAGAGACAGUGGAGAUGCUGGAGACAAAUCAUGCGGAGUUAAUUGAACAUGAAGCAUCUCUUAGUAGGAAUGCCCAAGAGGAGAAGUUGUCUUUGCAACAUGUGAUUAAAGAUAUAACACAGGCACUGGCCUUGGUGGAAGAAGAGGACAGUAUGGCCCAAGGCUCUGUUCAUGAUGAGAGUGCAAUGCAAUUGGACUCUGGUGGAUUCUCCCAGUUUGAUCCCCAGGACCCAGACAAGGUUGUUACUCUGGUGCGUUCAGUGUUGACUCAGAGACACCAGGCUGUACAGGACCUCAGGCAGCAGCUUUCAGGUUGCCAGGAGGCUAUGAGCUUCUUGCAGCUGCAGCAUGAUCAGUGGGAGGAAGAGGGCAAGGCCCUGAGAGAGAGGCUACAGAAGCUCACCCGGGAGCGGGACGUUCUGUCAGGGCAGACCUUGGGCCUUCAGGGAGAGGUGGAGACUCUCAGCAAGGAGCGAGAGCUGCUGCAAAAGGCCAGGGGAGAGAUGCAGCAGCAGCUGGAAGUACUGGAGCAGGAAGCCUGGCGCCUGAGAAGGGUGAACAUGGAGCUGCAGCUGCAGGGGGACUCUGCCCAGGGGGAGAAGCAGGAGCGGCAGGAGGAGCUGCACCUAGCUGUCCGAGAGAGGGAGCGUCUUCAGGAGACAUUGGUGGGCCUGGAAGCCAAGCAGUCAGAAUCACUAAGUGAGCUGAUCACUCUUCGGGAAGCCCUGGAGUCAAGUCGCCUGGAAGGAGAGUUACUGAGGCAAGAGCAAACUGAAGUAGCAGCAGCGUUGGCCAGGGCAGAACAGUCCAUUGCAGAGCUGUCAAGUUCUGAGAACAGCCUGAAGGCAGAGGUAGCUGAUCUUCGAGCUGCAGCUGUCAAGCUCAGUGCCUUAAAUGAGGCUUUGGCUUUAGAUAAAGUUGGGCUGAAUCAGCAGCUUCUCCAGUUGGAGCAGGAUAACCAGUCUGUGUGCAACAGAGUGGAAGCAGCAGAGCAGGCGAGAAGUGCUUUGCAGGUGGAUCUGGCACAGGCAGAAUGGAGCAGGGAAGCCCUGUGGGAAAAGAAAACUCACCUGGAGACUCAGCUGCAGAAAGCAGAGGAGACAGGGGCUGAUCUGCAGGCCGAGCUUACGGGCAUCCAAGAAGAAAAGGAAGAGCUUAAGGAGAAAUUAAAUGAGGCAUAUCACCAGCAGGAAGCAGCCACAGCUCAGCUAGAGCAGCUGCAUCAGGAUGCAAAGCGACAAGAAGAAGUGCUUGCCAGGGCAGUGCAGGAGAAGGAGGCCCUCGUAAGGGAGAGGGCUGCUCUAGAGGUGCGCCUGCAGGCUGUGGAGCGGGACCGACAGGACCUUGUUGAACAACUUCUGGGGCUCAGUUCAGCCAAGGAGCAACUGGAGAGCAAUCUGUUUGAGGUCCAACAGCAAAAUUCUGUGAUAGAGGUCACCAAGGGACAGCUAGAAGUCCAACUUCAAACUAUUACUCAAGCCAAGGAAGUAAUUCAAGGGGAAGUAAGGUGCCUGAAGCUGGAACUGGAUGCUGAAAGGAGCCAGGCUGAGCAGGAACGGGAUACAGUAGCCAGGCAGCUAGCCAGAGCUGAGAAGGAAGGGCAGGCAGCCCUGGAACAGCAGAAGGUGGCUCAUGAGGAGGAGGUGAACAGGCUCCAGGAGAAAUGGGAGAAGGAGCGCUCCUUGCAUCAGCAGGAGCUGGAUAAGGUCCUUGAGACCCUAGAGAGGGAAAGAACAGAGCUGGAAAUGAGGCUCCAGGCACAGCAGACAGAAACUGAGGCACUCCUUGCACAGAGGGAAGAGGACCGGACCCAGGCCGAAGGCACCUUAUACCAGAUGCAGUUGGAAACCGAGAAGGAGAGAGUGUCCCUCCUAGAGACACUGCUGCAGACCCAGAAGGAGCUGGCAGAUGCCAGCCAACAGUUGGAACGGCUGAGGCAGGACAUGAAGAUUCAGAAGUUAAAGGAGCAGGAAACCACUGUGAUGCUGCAGACCCAGCUUCGGAAGGCACAGCAGGAGCUAAAGGAGGCAGCCCAGCAGCACAGGGAUGAUAUCAUUGCCCUCCAGAAGGAGGGUAGUACCCUGCUGCAGGACAAGAUAAACCUGCAGAAGCAGGUAGAGGACCUGAAGUCUCAGCUGGUGACCCAGGAUGACUCCUACAAGCUGGUGAAGCAGGAGGUUCAGGAGAAGCUGAAAGAGGCCCAGGAAUGUAGCUGGAUUCAGAAGGAACUGGAGAAGGAGAAAGCCAGUCUGACUGUGUUGCUGUUGGAAAAGGAAGAAAGACUCCUUGUUUUACAAGAAGCCGACUCUGUUCAACAGCAAGAGCUGAGCUCGCUGCGCCAGGACAUGCAGGAGGCCCAGGAAGGGCAGAGAGAGCUCAGUGAGCAGGUGGAAUUUCUGAAGCAGGAAGUGAAGGAAAAGGAGGCUGACUUUGCGGCCCAGGAAGCACAGUUGCUGCAGGAGUUGGAGGCCUCUAGGAUAACAGAGCAGCAACUGCAAGCUUCCUUGUGGGCCCAGGAGACCAAAGCAGCCCAACUGCAGCUGCGACUGCACAGCACUGAGAGCCAGCUGGAGGCAUUGACUGCAGUGCAGCAGCCGGAGAACCAGGCCCAGGCCCAGCUGGCCAGCCUCUACUCUGUCCUGCAGCAGGCCCUGGGGUCUGUAUGCGAGAACUGGCCUGAGCUGAGAGAUGGGAGCGACUCUGCUUCCUCUCCCUGGGGUCCUGAGCCAGAUCAGAAUGGAGCUAGGAGCCUCGUUAAGAGGGCGCCCCUCCUUACUACACUGUCAGCUGAGGCUGUGGCUGUGGCUCUCCAGAAGCUUUACCAAGACCUGUGGAAGACACAGCAGGCCCGGGAUGACUUGAGAGACCAGACCCAGCAGCUGGCUCAGAGUCUGACUGAUGCCGAGGCCCAGAAGAGCCAAGUCUGUUCCAAGUUACAGGACCUGCAGAGGCAGCUCUCCCAGAGCCAGGAAGAGAAAUCCAAGUGGGAACGAAAACAGAAUUCCCUGGAGUCUGAGCUGAGGGACUUGCAUGAGACUGUGGUGUCCUUACAGAGUCAUCUACAGCAGGCAGAGCUGCAGAAGAUGGAAGCUCAGAGUGAGCGAGAGUUGCUUCAGGCAUCCAAGGAGAACCUGACAGCCCAGGUUGAACACCUGCAAGCAUGUAUUACAGAAGCCAAGGCUCAGGCAAGUGCUGCUGGUGUCCUGGCAGAAGAUCUGCGAAUGGCUCGCUCGGCUCUGAAACUGAAAAAUGAGGAGGUAGAGAGUGAGCGGGAAAGAGCCCAGGCUUUGCAGGAGCAGGGUGAGCUGAAGGUGGCUCAGGGGAAGGCUUUGCAAGAGAAUCUAGCCCUGCUGGCCCAGACCCUGUCGGAAAGAGAAGGGGAGGUGCAGACUUUGCAGAGAGAAAUCCUGGAACUAGAGAAGCAGCGGGAAAUGCAGAAGGCUGCUCUGGAACUGCUGUCUCUAGACCUGAAGAAAAGGAACCAAGAGGUAGAUCUGCAACAAGAGCAGAUUCAGGAACUGGAGAGGUGCAGGUCUGUGUUAGAGCACCUGCCCAUGGCUGUCCAGGAGCGAGAGCAGCAGCUGACUGUACAGAGAGAUCAGAUCAGAGAACUCGAGAAAGAUCGGGAGACCCAGAGGAAUGUCUUAGAACAUCAGCUUCUGGAUCUUGAAAAGAAGGCCCAAGUGAUUGAGUCCCAGAGAGGGCAGAUUCAGGAUCUGAAAAAGCAGUUGGUAACUCUGGAAUGCCUAGCCCUGGAACUAGAGGAAAGCCAUCACAAAGUAGAGGGCCAGCAGAAGGUGAUUAAGGAACUGGAGAGCCAGAGGGAAAUGCAGAGGGUGGCUCUGACCCAUCUCACACUGGACCUGGAAGAAAAAAGCCAGGAGCUGCAGGCACAAAGCAGCCAGCUCCAUGAACUGGAGAGCCACAGCACACUUCUGGAACGAGAGCUCCAGGAGCGGGACCAGGAGGUGAAGUCCCAGCGGCAGCAGAUCGAGGACCUGCAGAGGCAGAAGGAGCAUCUGACUCAGGACCUGGAGAGGAAAGGCCAGGAGCUGAUGCUGCAGAAGGAAAGGAUUCAGGUUCUGGAAGACCAGAGGACACUGCAGACCAAGAUCUUAGAGGAGGACCUGGAACAGAUUAAGCUGUCCUUGAGAGAACGUGGCCGGGAGCUGGCCUCACAGAGGCAGCCUAUGCAUGAACAGGCAGAGGAAGGAAAGAGCCCUGGUAAAGCACAGCGUGGGAGCCUGGAACACUUGAAGCUGAUCUUGCGGGAUAAAGAGAAGGAGGUAGAAUGCCAGCAGGAGUGCAUCCAGGAACUUCAGGAACAUAAGGACCAGCUAGAGCAGCAGCUCCAGGACCUGCACAGGAAGGUAGGUGAGACCAGCCUAUUCCUCACCCAGAGAGAGCAGGAGAUAGCUCUUCUACAGCAGCACCUCCAGGAGGCCAAGGAACAAGGAGAGCUGAAAGAACAAUCCCUUCAGGCUCAGCUGGAAGAGGCCCAGAGAGCCCUGGCCCAGAGGGACCAGGAACUCGAGGUCUUGCAGAGAGAACAACUGCAGACCCAGGACCAGGAGGAAAACAUGAAGGAAAAGGCAAGUGCGCUCCAGGCUGCUCUAGAACAGACCCAUAUGACACUGAAGGAGCGCCAGGGAGAGCUGGAGGAGCACAAAGAGCAGGUGCAGAGACUUCAGGAAGAGCUGAUGGAGGAGUGUCGGCAGGUGCAGGCCCUAGAGGAAGUGUUGGGAGACCUGAGGGCUGAAUUUCGAGAGCAGGAGAAAACUGUGCUGGCUCUUCAACAGCAGUGUGCCGAGCAGGCACAGGAGCAUGAGGCAGAAGCCAGGACCCUGAAGGACAACUGGCUCCAGGCCCAGGCUGUUCUCAAAGAACAGGAGCAAGAGCUGGAGGCUCUGCGAGCAGAAAACCAGUGCUCCCGGCAUCAGGAGGCGGCUGCAUGGAGCCAGGCGGAGGCUCUGCAGGAAGCCCUCAGCAAAGCCCAGGCUGCCUUGCAGGAGAAAGAGCAGAGUCUCCUUGAGCAGGCUGAACUGAGCCGCAGUCUAGAGGCCCGCUCUACCACUUUGCGGUCUACCCUGGAUACCUACCAGGCACGUGCUCGGCAGCUGGAGGAGGCCCUGAGGAGGCGAGAAGGUGAGAUCCAGGACCAGGAACUCCAACGCCAGGAGGACAUGCAGCAGCUCCAGCACACACUUGACCAAAAGGAAGAAGAGCUGAGGCAGCAGAAGAAGCAGGGGCAGUUGCUAGAGACCCAGAGGAGUCAUGAAAAUGAGAUUCAAAAGAUGCCAAGUCUGCAGCAAGAGAGAGAAGAGGAGACAAGAGGCCUUCUUGAGAAGCUAACGGAGCUACAGUUGACUCUAGCCCAAAAGGAAGAGGAGAUCUUGGAGCUGAGGGUGGCCUCUUCCCCAAAUCACAGAGCUUUCCCAUCAGAGACUCCAUUUUCAAAAUUGGAUUCUUCAGUGCAGCAGGACUUGGAGCGGCUGCAGAAUGCCCUGAGGCAGACAGAGGCCAGGGAGAUUGAAUGGAGGGAGAAGGCUCAGGACUUGGCACUGUCCCUGGCCCAGAGCAAGGCCAGCAUCAGUAGUCUACAGGAGAUAGCCAUGGUCCUGCAAGCCUCAGUCCUAGAGCGGGAAUCAGAACAACAAAGGCUGCAGGAGGAGUUGGUGCUCACCAGACAGGCCCUGGAGAAGGAGCAGUCAUGCUGCCCACACUCAAGCAGCAGAGUGGACCGAAGGCCCAAGGCCGGCCAAGGUGUACAUCCUGGAGAGGUCUCAGGAGCAGAGGCUGAGCCUCGUCCCAGAAUGAAGGAGGAAGAGCCAUGGAGACAAAGGCUUGAACGGCUACAGCAAGCAGUGGCACGGCUGGAGGUUGACCGGAGCAAGCUGCAGUGUCACAAUGCGCAGCUGCGGACCACCUUGGAACAGGUGGAGCGAGAGCGGAGGAAACUGAAGAGGGAUUCCAUGCGUGCAUCCUGGGCAGGGUCCCUGGACAUCAGUGAAGGCACAGCCCCAUCACCCACACAGCAGGAUGGAAGACGACAGAGGGGCUCCUCAGAAACCAAGCAUGUGGCUGAACUGCAGAAAGAGGUAGUCCUGCUGAGAGCGCAGCUGGCCUUGGAGCGGAAGCAGAGGCGGGACUACAUCGCACGCUCAGUCCAGACCAGCCGUGAGCUAGCAGGCCUGCACCACAGCCUGUCCCAUUCCCUUCUUACUGUGGCCCAGGCCCCUGAGGCCACUGUCCUGGAGGCUGAGGCCCGCAAGCUGGAUGAGUCCCUGAGUCAAAGUCUAACAUCUCCAGGACCAGUCCUGCUACACCUCAGCCCCAACACGACUCAAGCUACCCCCAGGUCAGCUGACAAUCCCAGGAAGAGAACAGAAACCCCCAGGACUGGAGAGGGUCCCAGCUCACAUGGAAAUGAGGCAGACAUGUUUGCUUGAUAACCUGCAGUUAUCUAUGAAGUGCCUUGCCCUGACCAAGCGCAUCUGGUGUCCACACAGCCUGGAGGUCCAAUGAUGCCAACAGCAUAUAGGUAUCCUGUCAGGAUUGGGCGCAUCCUGAAUGCAUCAAGUGCAGGGAGUUUCCAUCACCCUCUUGUCUUCCUGUUUCUCUCACCUUCCCCUUCAACAGUAAACCCAGGAUCUUCGCAUUAGUCCUCAGCUGCUUGUGUUGCUUCUGUGAUGGGCAGCAGCAGAAAUUAAGGGAGCUAAGGAAGAAUUUGCUGACUCCUGUCAGGUGGUAUAAACUUACCGCGUGUUGUGCUAUGUGAUUGGGAAGGGUUACCUGCACAAGAAAGUCCCUGUCCAGCCUGAAGUUCAACUGAUUAAGAACCUAGUAACAGGGUGUGCGAGAUGGCUCAGAGGGUAAAGACACAUGCUGCCAGCUUGGUGACCUCAUUUCGAUCCCACGUGGUAGGAGAAAACCAACUCCUUCAAGUUGUCCUCUGACCUCUACACAUGCACACUGGCACAUGCACACCCACACACUAAAAUAAGAUAAUAUAACCAAGUAACACAUUAAUGAGUUAAAGACCAUUCUGUGUCUGAGCAGAAAUGCUAUAGAAAUUCCAAAGAUUAAGCUAGGGAAUUACCCACUGACCCUUGGAUGGAGGAGGUGAGGGUGCUGCUAAACACACUGCUGGUGAAACUCAUCUGGCUGUGGCAGAGGGUGGGCUGCAAGGCUGGGGACUAGAUACGGAAGGCCCCUAGUUCUAAUUCAGACAAUGAGUAACCACCAAUAUUCUUUACUUAAAACAAACUCUUUGAACUGGGCAUGGUGGCACAUGCCUGUCGUCCCAGCACUUGGGAGGCAGAGGCAGGCAGAUCUCUGAGAGUUCAAGGCCAGCCUGGUCUAUCCCAGGACAGCUGGGGCUACAGGGAGACCCUGUCUUCAAAAAGAAAAACAUUUUGAUCUUUGACUGAAGUCAGAGUCUUGAGUUGAGCUCCAUCUGGCCUGAUUGCCCAUGACAGGUAGUUGUCUGCCUGAACACCCUUAGAUGUCCCUUCCUGGGCACAUCAACUAGAACUGACUGUGGCCCCCUUCAUCCAACUAUGUGUCAGACUAAUCAGGAGCAUGGUCUUUGGCAGAACCUGUCACUUAUAGGGGCCUAGAGAGAUGGCUCAGAGGUUAAGAGCACUGACUACUCUUACAGAGGACCCAGGUUUAGUUCCCAUUACCCACAUGGCAGCUAACAGUUGUCCCUAACUCCAGUACCAAGGGAUCCAACACCCUCUUUUGGACUCUGUGGGCAUUGCAUGACACAGGUACGCUUACAUAUAGGCAGGCAAAUCCCUCAUAUACAUAAAAUAACUUGUCACAGAUUGGGCCUGGUGGAUGCAGUCUGGGCAGAAUCUAGCUCACAAAUGUAAGAUCAUUGUUGGUGACAUCCUCAGCCAGGCGUGGUGGCACAUGCCUUUAAUCCCGGCACUGGGAGGCAGAGGCAGGUGGAUCUCUGUGAGUUCAAUGCCAGCCUGGUCUAUAUAGUGAGUUCCAGGCCAGCUGGGGCUACAGGGAGACCCUGUCUCAAAAAAGACCUAAUUAAUUAACAGUAGUCCUCCUCUCCUUCCUUCCCUUUUGCAGUGUUAGGGAUAGGACCUAGGGUAUUAAGGAUGCUAGGCAGGAGUUCUACCACCAAGCCAUAUCCCCAGCCCCCAGGGAGUGUUCUUGUUCCCAGUGUUCUGUACUGGAUCUGAGCAGCCUGGGCUCACUAUUUUUGAACAUAUAAGUCCUUAACCAGUGUGUGUGUGUCUAAUUCUUUCUAGUUCCCUGUACUAAAUGGUUUUUCUGAAACCAAUAAAAUUAACCUGAUAUGUU